AUGGCGUCCACCGCUUCCGCUGCUGCAUCCAGCGCCCAGUCUCGUCCCGCCGGGAUGGAGAACUUCGUCGUCGGCCUGAUUGGCAUGGGCGACAUGGGGAAGAUGUACGCGCAGAGACUUUCUGCUGCUGGCUGGAAAGACGACAAGUACGAGGCGUUGAGGGACGAGUUUGCUGGAAAAAAGAAUAUACAAAUCUGCCGCAAUGGUCACUUCGUCUCCCGCGCCAGUGAUUACAUCAUAUACAGUGUGGAAGCCGCAACCAUUGAUCGUGUAAUCGCUCAGUAUGCGCCUUCCACGAAGCUGGGUGCUAUUGUUGGCGGCCAGACCUCCUGUAAGGACCCAGAGAUCCAAGCCUUCGAGCGGCACCUGCCAGCCGAUGUGGAUAUUGUGUCGUGCCACUCCUUGCACGGCCCCGGUGUCGACCCCCUCAACCAGCCGCUCGUCAUCAUCCCCCAUCGCGCCUCCGCCGAAUCGGUCGCCAAGGUCGAGACGGUCCUCUCCGUUCUCCGCUCCAAGCAUGUCCACCUCUCGGCCAAGGAACAUGACCGCAUCACGGCCGACACACAAGCCGUAACCCACGCUGCCUUCCUCUCCAUGGGCAAGGCCUGGCACGCCAACACGCAGUUUCCGUGGGCCCUCUCGCGCUACGUGGGAGGCGUCGAGAACGUCAAAAUCAACAUUAUGCUGCGCAUCUACUCGCAAAAGUGGCACGUCUACGCCGGCCUCGCCAUCCUCAACCCCGAGGCGCGCAAGCAAAUUUCCCAGUACGCCCGCUCUGUGACGGACCUCUACAAGCUCAUGCUCGAGGGCGACGCCGCGGCCCUGCGCGCCCGCGUCUUCGCGGCCAAGGAGCGAGUCUUUGGAAGCGACGGCGCACCGCUCUGGGGCGGCCAGCCGCUGCUCGACCCGGGCGUGCUCGAGGGCUUCUCCCUCGGUCGCCCCGACGAGGCAGGCGUCGAUGAUGCGCCCCGCGCCAACAACCACCUCAGCUUGCUGGCCAUGGUCGACUGCUGGGCGCAGCUGGGCAUCGUGCCGUACAACCACAUGGUGUGCUCGGCGCCACUGUUCCGGCUGUGGCUCGGCGUCACGGAGCACGUGUUCCGCAGCCCCGGCGUGCUCGAGGACGCACUGCGCGUCGCCAUUGACGACCUCCGGUACCGAUCGGACGAUCUUGAGUUUACGUUCGCCGCGCGGGGCUGGGCGGAGAGCGUGUCGCUGGGUAACUUUGAGACGUGGAAGAACCGGUUCGAGACGACGCAGGCGUUCUUCGAGCCGCGCUUCAAGGAGGCGGGUGUGGUUGGCAAUGCCAUGAUGAAGGCUGUGUUUGAAAGCUCGAAGUAG